GUUUGUGUAUGGAUUUGAGUCCGCGUUCAUGGAGUUGGCGAUGUGCUUGUGGAGGAAGUGUAGCCUGAAGAGGGAGCUGCGCAUCCGUCCCCGCCUGCACUGAAGCGGCGCUAUCCGAAUACGACAGCCCGCGGUCUUGCACUGUCACAGAAGGCCUAUUUCCGUCAGCUUACCGCUCUUUAAAAAAAUUGUUAAAAUAUUGUUCCUUUUGCCAAUCGAGCGACCGAAGAAGCAGGUUUCUGCGUUUUCUAACACGCUUCAGUUAGUGCAAGGUGGAUUGUCUUGUCAUGAAUGAGCAGAUCGAAGGUGGUGCGAUCUCGUUUGACGAGUAUGUGCGGCAGAAGGCACGCACCGUCCCUCAGCAUCGCAUGAAGGAGUUUCUGGAAUCGCUGGCCACUAAAGGCCCCGAAGUUCUGCAGGAGUUCAGCCAGCAGACCAGUGGCACCACCACUACCAUGGUCUACCAGCAGGGGGCCAACUGCAUCUAUACUGACAGCACAGAGGUGGCAGGAUCCUUGCUGGAGCUGGCCUGCCCAGUGCAGGUGACGUCUGCGCAGAUCUCUCCACAGCUGGCUGCCGCCGUGCAGCAGGCAUCUGAACAGCAGAUCCAAGUCCAGGUGCAGAUCCAAGGUGAGGAGGGCCAGACCGUCGGCCAGGUGCUGCAAGUGGCCUCUCCUACCCAGCAGCAGCUCCAGGGGGUCACGACCACGCAGCUGGUGCAGCAGGGAGAGUUAACCGAGGAACAGCACCAACAGAUCCAGGCGCAGCUGGUGGCGGCUGUUGCGGGCGGUCAGCAGAUCCAGAUCCAGACAGUGGAGGCGCUGUCUCCCCCGCCACAGCAGGGCUCCCCACGUGAGGGGGGCGAGCGUCGGCCAGGGGCCUCGGCAGGUGUGCUGCAACCAGUGAAGAAGCGCAAGGUGGACGUGCCCACCGUGGUGUCCUACUCGCUGCCGCAAGGCCAGCAGCUGGCCACCGUGCUGGCCAUCCCUCAGGGCCAACAGCAGGGCUACCUGUCUCUCCGACCCGACCUGCUGACAGUGGACAGCGCACACCUGUACAGCGCCACGGGCACCAUCACAGGCCCCGCCGGUGAGACCUGGACCAUCCCCGUGUACUCGGCCCCUCAGCAGCAGGGAGUGGCCCACAUCGCCAUCCCACAGGAGGCGUACGGCGCCGUGCAGGUGCAGGCGUCGCCCACCCCACAGGACAAGGACAAGGACAAGCUGGGGGCGGUUGCCGUGCCGACGGCAGGUGUGACCACGCAGGAGGAGGUGGUGCACUCGUUGUUCCCAGCGCAGUUCAUGAACGGGAACAUCCACAUCCCCGUGGCGGUGCAGACUGUGGGUGGGGCCUACUCCGGCACCCCCCAGGCCCUGCAUAUAUGGGACCCACAACAGCAACAGCACGGCCAGGAGGUUGAGGCUCAGGAACAACAGCUCCACCUACAGACAGAGGCGGAGCCACAGGGCGAAGCCCCGCCUGAGCUCCUCCUCCCCAACACGCUAAAGCCAGAGGAAGGCCUGGAGACCUGGAGGCUUUGGGUGCAGCGCAAAAACGUCGAGCUCGACAAGAGCGAGCAGAACAAGCUAGCGCCGAUCGGCCGCCGGCAACCACUGCGUUUCAGAGAGGACCUGGUCUCCAGCUCGGUGGGCGAGCUCAAUGUGGCCUUGGCCCUCAUGACCCAGGAGGCUCGAGGUUUAGAGGGGGAGCUAUUUGAACCAGACGCACUCUAUUACGUCUUCUUAUGCAUACAGAAAUAUAUGUUCGAGAACGGCAGGGUGGACGACAUUUUUUCGGACCAGUACUACAGCCGCUUCUCGCAGUGUCUGCACAAAAUUCUUGAGGAGUGGCGGCCUAGUGUCCACCCGCUGGGUUAUAUUAUCCCCAGUCACGUGACAGAAGAGAUGUUGUGGGAGUGUAAACAGCUAGGAGCACAUUCCCCCUCUACUCUACUCACAACUCUAAUGUACUUCAAUACCAAGUACUUCCACCUGACCACGGUUGAGCAGCACAUGAAAGUGGCCUUCUCCAAAGUGCUCCGGCACACCAAGAAGAACCCGGCUAACCCAAAAGACAAGAGCACCAGCAUCCGCUACCUGAAGGGCGUAGGGUCCCAUCACGUCGGUCAGAAAGUGACGGAUGACAUGUACGUGGAGCAGGCAGAGGAUCCAGAGAAUCCACUACGCUGCCCCAUCAAACUCUACGACUUUUACCUCUUCAAAUGCCCUCAGACAGCCAAAGGCCGGAACGACACAUAUUACCUGACACCGGAGCCCGUUGUGGCUCCGAACAGCCCCAUCUGGUACUCCACCCAGCCAAUCACGUGCGAGCAGCUGGAACACAUGCUUACGCGCAUCAUGGUAGUGCGGGAGAUCCAGGAAAUCAUCUCCAUCGCGCAGGCCAGCAUUCAGUGAGGAAGGUCGAUGAAGAAG